UCCUCCACUCUUCACAUGCACCACUCUUCCCCACCAUCACCCUUCAAUCUCUCUUCCCUUUUCUCCCUCACCCGUCGCCACCACAUCCACAAUGCAGCCAUCUAUGGCGGUGGUUCUUUCUCUUCUCCUCCUUGCCCUCCUCAUUCCUGCCACCACUGCCUUUAACAUUACCAAAAUCCUUAAAAAACACCCUGAAUUCUCUACCUUUAAUGAAUACCUCACUCAAACUCACCUUGCCAAUGAGAUCAACCACCGCCAAACCAUCACAGUCCUCGCCCUGGACAACUCUGCCAUGUCUUCCCUCCUCUCCAAGGGUUUCUCUGUGUACACUCUUCGUAAUGUGCUCUCUCUUCAUGUCCUUGUUGACUACUACGGUGCCAAGAAACUCCACCAGAUUACCGAUGGAAGCACAACGACUGCAUCAUUGUUUCAGUCAUCAGGGGAUGCAGACGGAGAUGCAGGGUAUGUGAACAUAACAGAUAUGCAUGGAGGCAAGGUUGGGUUCGCACCAGCUAACACGGGUGACUUGAAUUCAUUUUUUGUCAAGGCUGUGGUAGAAAUGCCUUAUAAUUUGUCAGUGAUUCACAUUAGUCAAGUGCUCGAUUCUGCUGAAGCUGAGGCUCCAACAGCUGAACCCAGUAAGGUUAACUUGACUUCCUUGUUGGCUGAUAAGGGCUGCAAGGAAUUUUCUCGCUUGCUCACCGCCACCGGCGCUGCUAAGACCUUCCAGGAAAAUAUUGACAGCGGCUUGACAGUAUUCUGUGCGGGUGAUGGCGCUGUGAAAGCAUUCAUGCCAAAAUACAAAAACCUAACGGCAGGCAACAAGACUGCGGUACUCUUAUACCAUGGUGUUCCAGUCUACAGCUCAAUUGGAAUGCUCAAAUCCAGCAACGGCGUCUUGAACACGCUAGCAACGGAAGGCGCCAACAAGUACGACUUUACCGUACAAAACGACGACGAAAAGGUCACGUUAAAAACUAAAGUUGUAACCGCUAAGAUAACAGGGACAUUAGUUGACAAAGAUCCUUUAGCUGUAUUUAAGUUAGAUAAAGUUCUCUUGCCACGUGAGCUGUUUAAGCCGUCGGCUACUCCUGAGCCAACAUCUUCACCUGACGCUGAAGCGCCAGGACCUGAUGCAGCCGAUGGGCCUGCGUCCGACGAUGAUGAUGAUGAUGAAGUGGCUGAUCAAAGAGCCCGUAGGAGGAACAGGAAUGCAGGUGAAAGGAUCAACGGUGGAGGAUUUGUUGCUAUGGGGCUCACUUUGUGUUAUUGUGUGAUGAUGGCUUUGUGAAUAUAAAAAUAAAAAAUAUCGGAUUUGUGAAUGUGAUGUGAUGUAGAAAUGGAUUAAGUGAAGCUGGAAAUGAGCUGUAUGAUUAUUGGCAAGUUUUGAGCACCGACGAUUUGGCGGAUUAGCACAUGAUGAGAUUGUAAGAAAGUUGAUUGAUUUUUUGUGUGUAAUGUUAAUAAAUUGGUGUACAUGUUCUUCUUCUUCA